GUGUGUUUUUUUCAUGCUGCUGUGACUCAGCACAAAGUUUCUUCUAAAAGCUGCCCUUCAUCUCAGGAGUUUCUCCCUCAGGUCUGUCACAUCUUCUCGUCUGUUCUCGUGGAUUCUCUGUAGACAUGCAGCUCCUGCUCUUUGUUGCUGUUUGGCUCCAAAUUUUGUCCACUGUAGCCGGAUAUCCGAACGGUGCUCCAGUCGACAGGUGUGGGAACAUGACCCCUGGACACAACGUCCUUCCGCAGACGAGCUCCUCUCCUUACACCAUCAUGAUCAGCAACAACACCUUCAGACCCAAUGAGCCGAUCAGAGUGAUGAUUGAGGGUCCAGUGUACCUCGGUGUGCUCCUGCAGGCUCGAUCGAGCUCCGGCACAGACGCAAUCGGGACCUGGGGCAUACCACCACCCAACACCAAGUACCUAGCGUGCUCAGGCAAUGGCCAAAGUGCCAUCACACACUCCAGCAUUAUCAAUAAGAACAACAAGACCAUCUACACCUGGAUUCCUCCUGAAUCUCUCCAAACUGCCUUCAUCAGGGCCACUGUAGUUGCAAACAGAACCACUUUCUGGAUAAACCUCACAUCAGAAAGGCUGACCAGAGCCCCAGGUGGAGGCGGUAACACAGCAGCUGAUGCUAAGAUGGCCGCUGCCUCUGUGGUGUUUCUCACGCUCCUGUCCUCGAUGGUGGUGCAGUAGUUGGGGGACGCCCCCUCAGUGACCUCUCCCUGAAGGGUCCGUGUCACUGUCCGAAGCCACGCCCUGUAUUCCGCCUCGCGAGCCGUGUUUAUGAGCUGAGAUAUAAGGAGAACGUAGUGAGAUCUUAGGAUCUUUUUUAUCCAGAAUGAAGUGAAAUGAAGAUGUUUAAUAAAUUUAAUAUCUGUUUGGAAAUGUU